AUGCCGUACUUUGCAUUGGGUAAUGGGAAGACCAUCAUGUUAAACACAACCCUGGUGAACGCUGGAGAUGAUGCCUUCCUCCCCAGGCUCCAGCUAAAUUUCCCCUCCAACCUGCAGUACAUCAAAGUGCUUGAUGCAGUAUGUGUUUGAUUGAUUUAUUGAUUACCCAAAGUAGCAGUUAUUACAUUUCUCACAUGCUCACCAAUGUAAUUUAGACGAUGUUGCACUGCAAUUCUAAGAAACACGCAAAAUCCUGUGAAAAAGCAGAAGAAUCUAUGCGCUCUUGGAUUGAAAUAAAUUACACACACAAUCCCAUUAUCUGUUAUUAUUUUCAGGAGGAGAAGUAUGUGAGCUGUGACAUUUCAGAGGAGAACAAGACAAUAGUAGGAAUGGACUGCAGUGUUGGGAACCUGUACUUCAGCUCUGGAGCCAAGGUACUGUAGGCACAACACUCAAACAUACUCCAAACUUACUCUAAUGUUACUCCAGCCUUACUCUAAUGUUACUCCAACCUUACUCUAAUGUUACUCCAGCCUUACUCUAAUGUUACCCCAGCCUUAGUAUAAUGUUACUCCAACCUUACUCUAAUGUUACUCCAGCCUUCUCUAAUGUUACUCCAGCCUUACUCUGUUACUCCAGCCUUACUCUGUUACUCCAGCCUUACUCUAAUGUUACUCCAACCUUACUCUAAUGUUACUCCAGCCUUCUAUAAUGUUACUCCAGCCUUACUCUGUUACUCCAGCCUUACUCUAAUGUUACUCCAACCUUACUCUAAUGUUACUCCAGCCUUACUCUAAUGUUACUCCAGCCUUACUCUAAUGUUACUCCAACCUUACUCUAAUGUUCCUCCAGCCGUACUCUGAUGUUACUCCAACCUUACACUAAUGCUACUCUAACAUUACUCCAAGGUUACUCCAACAUUACUCAAAUUUUACUCCCAUGUUACUCCAAUUUUACUCUAUUAAUCUGGGUCUGGAUACUUUCACUGGAUACUUUAACUAAUUACCCCACUGGGCACAAACAUAAUAAUAAUAAUAAUAAUAAUAAUAUGCCAUUUAGCAGACGCUUUUAUCCAAAGCGACUUACAGUCAUGCGUGCAUACAUGUUUGUGUAUGGGUGGUCCCGGGUAUCGAACCCACUACCUUGGCGUUACAAGCGCCGUGCUCUACUAGCUGAGCUACAGAGGACCAUCCAAAAGACAUCAAUUCAACGUCAUGGUUGGGAAGGUUACUUUCUUAAUGUAAUCUGUUACAGUUACUAGUUACUUGUCCAAAAUUGUAAUCAGUAACGUAACUUUUGGAUUACCCAAACUCAGUAACGUAAUCUGAUUACUUUCAGUUACUUUUAGAUUACCGUCCCCUUAAGAGGCAUUAGAAGACCAAAAGGACCUAUCAAACACAUUUAGUGUGUCAUCAUAGUGGUCUCUGACUUGUGGUCAGACUCGAUCAGGUGAAACAAACUUAAACUUGCACCUUUUUUUCAAUGCUGAAUUGAAUGUCAUUGAGAAAACAGAAAGGUGUAUUUAAAAGUAACCCAAGAAACAAUCAUCAAGUUUUUAAAAAAGUAUCUGUAAUCUGAUUGCAAUAUUUUUGCUGGUAAGGUAACUAACUGAUUACAGUUUUUUUGUAAUCAGAUUGCCCUGUUCAAUGUCUAUUCCAUGUUGGUUCAACGUAAUUUUACUGAAAUGGCGUGGAAACAACGUUGAUUCAACCAGUGUGUGCCCAGUGGGGAUCCAGACCCAUAUCUUCUGUUUGCUGCCAAUGCUGCUGCUGUUUUAAAGGCAGCGUUUUAUAAACUACUGUUUAAAAGGGUAAUGUCUUGCUUGAUAGCUAAUCAGAAUUUCUGUAUUUUCUGCAGGUGAACAUCAGCUUUCUGUUGGAUGUAAACCAGAGUAGCAGUGCUGGUGACAUUAGCAUCUCCAUCAACACUAGUGGGUAAGUACAGACCCAUAAAAGAAAGAUAGAUACCUGCACACUGAAUCCGCCUGCAGUGUUAUUGAGUGCAAUGUUUUGACCCUAGGUCUUUGUCAUAAUCUUUAUUUUAUGACAUUUGCAAGUAACCAGAUCUGCUUACACUACUUCUGACCUUAGCACAGACCCCCUAACCCCCGAAAGCAAUCUUUCUCCAAAAGACAUGAAAUAAUCGAAUGGCACGUUUUUUAAACUGCCGUCUUGUUACACCGUCGGUGACGUCUUGCUACUGGCCAGCCUUAUUAAACCAAACAGGCAAACAGCGGAUCGUAAAACAGCCCAAUGAGACACUGAGUGUACAAAACAUUAGGAACACCUGCUCUUUCCAUGACAUAGACUGACCAGGUGAAUCCAGGUGAAAGCUAUGAUCCCUUAUUGAUGUCACCUUUUCAAUCCACUUUAAUCAAUGCAGGUAAAAACAUUAUUUUCAAGCCUUGAGACAAUUGAGACAUGGAUUGUGUAUAUGUGCCAUUCAGAGGUUGAAUGGGCAAGACAAAAGAUUUAAGUGUCUUUGAACAGGGUAUGAUAGUAGGUGCCAGGCACACCGGUUUGAGUGUGUCAAGAACUGCAAUGCUGCUGGGUUUUUCACACUCAACAGUUUCCUGUGUGUAUCAAGAAUGGUCCACCACCCAAAGGACAUUCAGCCAAUUUGACACAACUGUGGGAAGCAUUGGAGUCAACAUGGGCCAGCAUCCCUGUGGAACGCUUUCGACACCUUGUCCAUGCCCCGACGAAUUGAGGCUGUUCUGAGGGCAAAAGGGUUAGAACUAAAUAUUAGAAAGGUGUUCCUAAUGUUUUGUACACUCAGUGUAUGUGUUUGUUCUGUUGCUAGGAGAACAGGAAGCACAUCCCCAGUAAGCUGAAUCAUUCCAAUCAGAGGGUGCUGCAGGUUCCCUCUUUUGGUUUCCUCCUGUAGUUGUUUCAUAGUUGUGUGAUUGAGAAGAACUUCCGGCGCAUGUUUUGUCGUUUGGGUAAAGAAAGGCUUUGGAAUGUUUGACUGUUCCAGAACACUCUAAAACACUCCAUGUUCAUUUCUGGUAACACUUAACUGGAGAUAUUCCUUGAGUUUUAUUCAAAGACCAUACAUAUGAAGUUACUACCUGUCUUCAUACAUAUUUUGAAAUGGACGACUUACCAACAUGUGAAUUAGAUCUGUAGCUGUAAUAAAACCACCAGGGGCGUCAUGCACCCAUUAUUUUAGAGGGGGCUUGAAGUACGGGAAGGGGGGACGGAGGGUCAGGGGUGGUCAGAGAAUUUCGUAAUUUUCAAACAGCUGAAACAGCUUUUUCCUGCAAUCUAGAGCCAUAAUCAUUAUGCCUAGUUUUAUGUCAAAAAUAUGUAUAUUUUUCUGCAUAGGUUAUCUAAGCAUACUUCUUUCCCUGUUCAAUUGUCAUUUUAUUUAAUGAGGCACAUAGAUUUUUUAAGAACCUUUAUGCCUUAGGGGUUUAGUACAACUGCCACAUUGGUAUAUAGUAUCAUAACCCAAUAAUUAAUAAAGCAAUUUUAUUAUAUUCUAAAGUCUAGCAACCUUGCCAGCAGGCAUGCCAGCUAAGAUAGUUAGACUAGCUACUCUAACAUGAUUGAUAGCCUGAAAUGGCUUGGUAGCUAGUUAUGAGAUUGGGACAUUUUAUUUUUAUUUAUUCAUCAAGAAGGAAUCAAUAGGCUACAUGGCUUGAUCAAAUUCAUUUACAAACAUACCUCCUGGGAGUCCUGCCCAUCACCGGCAGCUAAAAUGAAAUCAAACGCUGUGUGUGACACUCUCCUCCUCCACUGGCAACACUGUCUGCAUGUAUGUCUUUGCUCCAUGGUGGACCUUGGAAUGAACCACUUACUGGGGGGGUACUCUUUGCCUGGUCUAGUCAGUGUGCCCCCUCCACAAAAUACCACUGACAAAUCCUUUUAUAAAUAAGUUUAGUCAUUACUUUAACAUCUUAACAUUUUAAAAACAGGACAGAUCUGAGGGGGCAUGUGCCCUUGUGCCCCUGUGGGCAUGACGCCUCUGAAAACCAUCUUCAAGUAUCAUGUAAUGUGUGAAGGUAUGCUUUGGCCCCUCACCGUGAGAAAUACUUGGAAUGUGAAGUUCUGCAACGUAUGAUGUUUGGAAAUUCUUUGGCUUUGAGUUGAAUUCCUUUAACAGUAUAAUGGCAUUGGCUGUGCUUAAGUGCAAGAUACAUUGUCAUGUUUUGUUUUUCAAUAUAUCAAAUUGAUUAAUAUGAAAUGUAAUCCAAAUAGAUAAUUUCUUAUUUUAUUCUGACAUUGUCUUUUCUAGAGACAAUUAUGAAAAUGUGGAUCUUCUGCAUGACAACUCAGCCACUCUGAUGUUACCAUUGAGAUAUGGCGUGGAUGUCAGCGUCCAUGGGUAAGACAUUUAUUUACAGUAACAAAGACAGUUCUUCAUUCUUCAUUGACAGUAUAUAUAAACAUUUAUUCUUGUACUUCAUAAGCUAAUUAGUGCUCUCCCUUGCAGGUUUGUGACUCCAACAUCCUUUGUAUUUGGUGACCAGGAGCCUACUCCAGUUGAUUGCUACACAGAGACAUUCAACUACACUUACAAGGUAUGUACUGUAAAUAAAUAAAUAAAUAAAUAAAUAAUAUGCCAUUUAGCAGACGCUUUUAUCCAAAGCGACUUACAGUCAUGCGUGCAUACAUUUUUUGUGUAUGGGGUGGUCCCGGGGAUCGAACCCACUACCUUGGCGUUACAAGCGCCGUGCUCUACCAGCUGAGCUACAGAGGACCACCGUAGAGAUACAAUAUAACAUUGUUUUAUAACAGAAACUGAUGUAAUCACUACAGCCUAGUUGGAGUAUUUGAAUGACUGACUGACUUUAUACUGACAUAUUGUAUCUGUGUGCCUUGACAGGUUGUCAAUAUCGGUCCAAGCAAAUCUCUCAACACAAAAGUUGAGAUUGAUAUUCCCAAGAUACUAUCACCGUAUCCAUACAGAUUACUCCACAUUGUAGAUUUUCAGGUAAGUGUGUGACUGAUUGAUGAAACAUACAGCCCUUAGCCGUGGUAUAUUGGCCAUACCCUGAGGUGCCUUAUUGCUAUUAUAAACUGGUUACCAACGUAAUUAGACCAUUAAAUAGUAAUUUCUUGUCAUACACAUGGGUUGUUUGAGCCCUGAAUGCUAAUUGGCUGACAGCCAUGGUAUAUCAGACCGUAUACCACGGGUAUGACAAAACACAUAUUUUUACUGCUCUAAUUACGUUGGUAAACAGUUUAUAAUAGCAAUAAGGCACCUCGGGGGUUUGUGAUAUAUGGCCAAUAUACCUCGACUAAGGGCAGUGUCCAGGCACUCCGUGUCGCGCCGUGCAAAAGAACAGCCCUUAGCCGUGGUAUAUUGGCCAUAUACCACACCCCCUCGGGCAUUAUUGCUUAAAUAUACCAUGGCUUUCAGCUAAUCAGCAUUCAGGGCUCGAACCACCCUGUUUAUAAUGACCAAUAUCUAACUUAUUUUCUUUCCUCAUCUGUUAGACCUCUCUUGGAGAAUGCUCCAUUAAAAACGGCUCUAUCACAGUAGAAGAUGAUUGUGAGGUGCCACGAUCGUCUUUAAUCAAGGAACUGGUCUUCUUCUUCUCCAAAACCAGCAAACGCAAAAUGGUAGAUACCCCCCUCUCCUACUCCUAUAAUGUAUAUAGUUACAGUAUGUAGCAGGGUUUUUUGUAGCAGGUCAAUUCCAUAUUGAUGCAGUCAUUUCAGAAAGUUAAUUAAUUGGAAUUCUACUUCUAAUUUUCCUCUCAUCUUUUCAAUGAGGAAAAUUUGAAUUUUAGUUUACUUCCUGAGUUGACUGACUUGAAAUGGAAUUGGCCCUAACCCUAUUAUGUAGCAGUGCCGUAUUCCACUGAUGUUGAUGUUUUAAAAUGAAAUCACAAUAGUGUUGUUUCUCUCCAUAGUUCUGUGCUCACGGAGACGACCUGUGCCUGAUUCUGGAGUGUAGACUAGGAGACAUGGACAUUGGGAAAGAAGCCACCAUUCACAUGGAAGUGAAGCUGAACCCCACCGUUCUACAACUCUCACCGGUAAACACUUCACUAAUGCUACACUUUCAAAUCUUUUAAAAUGGCAACAGGAGUCAGAAUUUCUUCAUUGAGGAUAUUAAAGUGUUCUAAUGUAAUCAAAUCUAAUCUUCCCCUCCCUCUCCUCAGGGUCGUCAUGGAGUGAUGCUGAUAGAGAGUACUGGCAUCAUCACAUCACCAAGGGAGGACCCUCAUACCAUCCUAUUACAGCAGAUCCCUAUCGCUCAGGUAAGAUAUGAUAGACCUAUAGGGUAGUGAUACAUUGGCCUUAUACAGUAAUCUUUUGGAGGAUACCAUGUCACUGUUCCACAAUGGAGAUCACUCAAGUCCAUGUCAAGUCCAAGUCCAUGCACUUGACACAUUUAUGAAAUUGCUUAUUCCAGUUACUAAAAUUGUUUUUCCAGUAAAAACUGUUAAAUCCGCUUGGAUUGAUGAGGAAUUGAACAAUGUUAUGGUUGAGAGUGAUGAGGCAAAAGGUAUGGCAAAUAAGUCUAGCAGCACAACUGAUUGGCAAACGUACUGCAAAUUGAGAAAUCAUGUGACUAAACUGAAUAAAAAGAAGAAUAAACUAUACUAUGAAACAAAGAUAAAUGAUAUCAAGAAUGAUAGUAAAAAGCUUUGGAGCACCUUAAAUUAAAUGUUGGGCAAAAAGGCAAACUCAGCUCCAUCAUUCAUUGAAUCAGAUCGCUCAUUCAUCACAAAACCCACUGAUAUUGCCUACUUAUGAUUUUUUCAUUGGCAAGAUUAGCAAAUUUAGGCAUGACAUGCCAGCAACAAACACUGACACUACACAUCCAAGUAAGGAAGCCUCACCAACAUAAUCCAGGUAGAAUCAGGAAUUCCCCAGGGCAGCUGUCUAGGCCCCUUACUUUUUUCAAUCUUUACUAAUGACAUGCCACUGGCUUUGAGUAAAGCCAGUGUGUCUAUGUAUGCGGAUGACUCAACACUAUUCACGUCAGCUACUACAGUGACUGAAAUGACUGCAACACUUAACAAAGAGCUGCAGUUAGUUUCAGAAUGGGUGGCAAGGAAUAAGUUAGUCCUAAAUAUUUCAAAAACUAAAAGCAUUGUAUUUGGGACAAAUCAUUCACUAAACCCUAAACCUCAACUAAAUCUUGUAAUGAAUAAUGUGGAAAUUGAGCAAGUUGAGGUGACUAAACUGCUUGGAGUAACCCUGAAUUGUAAACUGUCAUGGUCAAAACAUAUUGAUACAACAGUAGCUAAGAUGGGGAGAAGUCUGACCAUAAUAAAGUGUUGCUCUGCCUUCUUAACAGCACUAUCAACAAGGCAGGUCCUACAGGCCCUAGUUUUGUCGCACCUGGACUACUGUUCAGUCGUGUGGUCAGGUGCCACAAAGAGGGACUUGGGAAAAUUGCAAUUGGCUCAGAACAGGGCAGCACGGCUGGCCCUUGGAUGUACACAGAGAGCUAACAUUAAUAAUUUGCAUGUCAAUCUCUCCUGGCUCAAAGUGGAGGAGAGAUUGACUUCAUCAUUACUUGUAUUUGUGAGAGGUAUUGACAUGUUGAAUGCACCGAGCUGUCUGGACAUCCAUGCAUACCCCACAAGACAUGCCACCAGAGGUCUCUUCACAGUCCCCAAGUCCAGAUCAGACUAUGGGAGGCGCACAGUACUACAUAGAGCCAUGACUACAUGGAACUCUAUUCCACAUCAAGUAACUCAUGCAAGCAGUACAAUUAGAUUUAAAAAACAGAUAAAAAUACACCUUAUGGAACAGCUGGGACUGUGAACAGACACAAACACAGGCACAGACACAUGCAUACACACACACGAUAACAUAUGCACUAUACACACACAUACACAUGGAUUUUGUGUUGUAGAUAUGUGGUAGUAGAGUAGUGGCCUGAGGGCACACACUUAAUGUGUGGUGAAACCUGUUGUGAAUGUAUUGAAAUGUUUUUAAAAUUGUAUAACUGCCUUAAUUUUGCUGGACCCCAUGGGGAUCCAUAAUAAAUACAAAUACAAAUGUCCUGGUAGGGUUAAGAAGUGUCAGGAAAUUGCCUGUGUAACCUCUGAGUGCCUUACUAUUAUAAAACGCUGGAAUCUACAGUGUCCAUAGUAGGACAGUGGUGGAAAUGACAGGACAUUUCCAACCUUGUCUGAUGUUCCAGGUCAUAGAUGUACAAUGUAAUACUAGUGCACUGUAUUAAUGUUCUGUUUAAUUCUGAUGUUCCAGGUUGUGUUGGAGGCCCACUUCAACCAGAAGCCUCAGGCAGCAGUGGAGGUGUUCAUCAUUGUAGGGAGUCUACUGGUGGGGCUCCUGAUCCUGACCCUGCUCAUCUUCGCCCUCUGGAAGGUCAGGACGACACCUUCAGCUUUAGCUUUUACACUACACACAAAACGGCAUACAAACACACUGCAAAAGAAGCAAAGCAUUAUUUUCCCUCUCCUCAUCUGAAACUGAACCUUGUUCUUUCAUUCGCAGGCUGGUUUCUUUAAGAGGCAGUUUAAGGAGGAGAUCAGGAGGGAUAGCUGGGACUAUGUACCAAAGAGUGAGAAGACUGAGAGUACAUCCUAA